CCUCACGUGAUUUUUAAUCCCCCCCCCCUCCUCUCUUAUCCCGUUCCCCCAAAUAUAUAUAUAUUUUUAUCAUACAUUUUUUUUUUUUUUGCAGUGCAAUAAUGACACUCAAGAACAUGGUGGCUAAUGUACCUUCACUCACCAAGGCACUUGUAUCCACAUGUAUUCUCUUUUCCCUCGCUUCUCAAGUCUAUGUCUAUCGUCUGAAACAAGCAUCCGACCCUGAAUCUACCAUUCUCAACAUUUGUCCAUUCAUUGGUCUACUGCCGGGAUUUGUCAUGUAUGCUCCUUGGACUUUACUCACCGCUACCUUUUACGAAAGCAAUCUCUUUACGUUGACGACAAGCGUAGUUGUAUUACUAUUCUGUGGCAAGUAUUUGGAACGUGCAUGGGGAUCACGCGAGUUAUUUAAGUUUGUGCUGGUCACUGCCAUCUUUUCCAAUAUCGUAACAUGGUUUGGCAUUCUCGUCUCUUAUUAUCUUUCGGGCGAUGACAAGUUCUUAUAUCAAGUUCAGAUCAAUGGCAUGUCGGGUGUCUUUUCCGCUUUUUUAGUCGCAUUUAAGCAUUUAAUCCCUGAACAUCGUAUUGCUAUAUUAGGCGGUCGUUUGUCUAUCCGCGUCAAAAACCUUCUAGGCGUGGCUACUGCUAUCAGUAUCCUUUCCCUCAUUGUGUUUCAAGCUAUUGUAUUUUAUAAUCUCGUUAAUAUUGGUUGGGUUAUUGGUUGGGUCUAUAUUCGUUUCUUCAAGUAUCAAGAUGGUAUCCAAGGAGAUCGUAGUGAAACCUUUGCUAUUCAAACCUUCUUUCCAGAGUUUUUACACCCGGUGAUUGGAUUUGUUUCAAAUAUCGUGUAUGGUGCACUUGUCAAAUUAAAUUGUUGUCAAGGUUCACGUCCUUUUGUAGACGCAGAAUUAGGCAAUAUGCCUCCCGCCCCAGGUUCCGCUAGAGCCGAAGCCGAACGCCGCAGAGCAUUGGCCUUGAAAGCUUUAGAUAUGCGUUUAGCGAAAUCACCAGCGACUGAACCUGCAUCUCGACCCGAUAUACUUUUUGAUGCAGAACAAAAUACGCCAUCCAACGCCGAUCCUUAAUUUUUUUUUUUUUUUUAUUUUAUCAUGUGAGAGGGGAUGAAUAAAAAAAAAAAAAGGGGGGUGGAAAGAAGGGAAAAAAAAAAAAAAGACAAAGGGAAAAGAAAGGGGGG